AUGGCAACACCAAUUCAACUGAACCUGCAAGCCAAAAACGCAGAAUAUGCCUCGAAGUUUGACAAAGGCCAUCUUGCCUUACCUCCAGCAAAGCAUUACCUUGUCCUGACAUGUAUGGAUGCUCGAAUCGACCCAGCAGCAGCUUUUGGCAUUGAUCUCGGCGACGCCCACGUCAUCCGAAACGCAGGCGCUAACUCCCGUGAUGCAUUGCGUUCAAUUAUCAUCUCCCAGCAAUUGCUCAACACAAAAGAAAUUCUCCUCGUCAAGCACACCGGUUGUGGAAUGCUGACAUUCACCAACGACGCCGCACGCGCUGUCACGGAAAAUAAUCUUGGUUCUCAUGUCAAAUCGGAAGUUGAGGCGUUAGACUUUCAACCGUUCCCGGAUUUGGAGGAGGCAGUCAAGGCCGAUGUGAAAUGGCUGAAGGAACAGACCCUAGUGAUUCCCGGUAUUCCUAUCACUGGGUGGGUGUAUGAAGUAGAGACGGGAAAGGUUCGGCAGGUGGUCUGA